CCAUCUAUUACCAGUAAAUACGGUAGAGUCCCGACACGACGAACGACCGAGACCUAUAGGUAGGUAUUCGGUUUAGAAGGGAGAGUUGAGGGAGUCGGAAGGCACGUGACUACAUGCAGACCGACAUUCUAGUGCGGUUAGUAUCGGGCCGGGAUGCACCAGGGGAAGGCACCACCGGCAUGCCGACGGAGCCGGGAUCGAGUCAAUUGGACCGAGAUUUACCCUGAAUUUCUAAUGCGUGAUGACCAAUUGACCAGGUCCCAGCCAAGUUUGGUAGGGACCUCACUUCGACUAUCGUACGAAGCCAGGAACUGACAGGAGGAAUCAUCCAACCUUCGGUAUUACCUGUUACGUUCACUACAAUGUCACAUCGUCAGGGCGUCAUAGCCCUCAAAGGGCUGCGGGAAGCUUUGCUCGACGUUUCCCACCGAAGACUCUAUUCCCCCGGUGCAGCACGAUUCCUAGCCACUGAAGCAAGCUCUUCCGAUUCGCCACGACCAUCCAAGCGACCGCGGACAACGUUCCAAGAUCGAUUGAAUACGGGGCCUUCUUUCGGGGAAUUCACCGGUGCGAAGGAGGAACCGAUCACUCCUGAAGAAGCCCUCGAGCUGAAGACCGUUCGUGGGUCGGGGAAGCGGAAGGAGAUUACCCGUCUUCCUCCCUGGCUGCGGACGUCGAUACCGGGCGGAAAGGAUGCGAAGGGGAAUAACUUCAAGAGAAUCCAAAAUGAUCUGCGAGGGUUAAAUCUACACACAGUCUGUGAAGAAGCGCGGUGUCCCAAUAUCUCCGAGUGCUGGGGCGGAUCUGACAAGUCUACUGCGACCGCGACAAUCAUGCUCAUGGGCGACACUUGUACGCGAGGUUGCCGAUUUUGUUCCGUCAAAACGUCGAAAACCCCCCUUGCCCUCGACCCCCACGAACCCGAACACGUCGCGGAAGCGCUUUCGAGAUGGGGCCUCGGAUACGUCGUCCUCACCUCAGUGGACCGCGACGACUUGGCCGAUGGUGGUGCCCAUCAUUUCGCCAGUACUAUCAGCAAGAUCAAACAAAAGGCGCCGAACAUGCUCGUCGAGGCAUUGACCGGGGAUUUUGCUGGGGAUUUGGACAUGGUGAAGCUCGUCGCGCAGAGUGGCUUGGACGUUUACGCCCAUAACGUUGAGACGGUCGAAGAGCUCACGGCCAUGGUCAGAGAUCGGAGGGCAACGUUUCGGCAAAGCUUAACGGUUUUGGAAGCCGCCAAGGCAGCGAAGGAAGGGUUAAUUACGAAGACGAGCAUCAUGCUCGGCUUGGGGGAGACCGAGGAGGAAAUCUGGAAGGCUCUUAAAGAACUCCGGAAAGUCUCCGUCGAUAUCGUCACCUUCGGCCAAUACAUGCGUCCCACGAAGCGGCACAUGAAAGUCGAGGAGUACGUCUCUCCGGAAGUGUUCGAGCUCUGGCGCCAACGGGCGAUGGACCUGGGAUUCCUGUAUUGUGCCAGCGGGCCGCUCGUCCGCUCCUCGUACAAGGCAGGGGAGGCGUUCAUCGAAAAUGUCUUGAAAAAGCGAGCGAGGAAGGAUCAGGUUGCGAUUCAGGGCGCCGGCGAGCCGCAUUCUGAAUCGCUACACAAGUUGGCCCCUUGAACCGGUAAUCCAAGAUUUGGAAAUGCUUCCAUGCGGACUGUGGUUGGUCGCUUCGGCUAUGCCUAUCGCCGUUCACCGGCUCGGAAUUGAAUGUACGUUCGGUCGCUGGGUGGAAUGAUCCGGAGGUCGGACCGCCUCUUGACAGGACAAGUGAAUUGCGGUUGUAUGAUAU